CGCUCGUGAGGCGCCCAGUCGUUGGGAGGCCCGGGGCCUGCCCUAUCGUCCUCCUCAUCAUCAUCAUCGUCGUCAUCAUGGCAUCGUGGUUCAGUGGAGUCAGAGGCUCUUCCCCUGUGGCGGUCAGCCGGAGGACAGAGAGGGUCAACAGCGAGGCGGCGCUGCCAUGGAGAAUAAGGUGGGAAGCGGCUCCGCGCCCAGCCUGAAAGACGAGGUGUGCACGGGCAUGCUCGUCUACACCUUCCUCCACUGCUCCCGGGACUGCACCUUCCGCAAGGAGCUGCACUCCAUGGGCAGCGAGCUGCAGCUGCUGCCCGACGACUUUGACGACGACGGGGAGCUGCAGACGGACGGAAAUCGCAGCAGCCGUUUCCACGUGCACGGGGGGGAACCCGAAUCGGGGCAGGAGGAGGAAGCCAUCCGCCUCAUCGCCGAGCAGCUGGCCCAGAUCGGGGAUCAGCUGGACGGAAACAUCCAGCAGAGCCUGGUCCGCGACCUGGCCCGGCAGUUUAUGAACGCCAGUCUGUCCGAGGAGGACAAGAGGAAGUACCUGGCGGCCACCAUGGAGCGCGUGAUGCAGGCGGUGCCCCCGGAACUGGAGCGGGAGAAAGCCACGCUGCUCUUCACCCUGCUCUUAGCCAAGAAAGUUGUGAACCACAGCCCGACCCUGCUGCACAGCGUCUUCCGCACCACCGUGGACUACAUCAACCGGAGCCUCCUCACCUACACACGCAACCUGGCCAGAAAUGAGAUGGCCUGAGGGGCUCCCACCCACCCAAGCGGCAGAACAGAGCAGCCGUCCACCUCCCGGCUGGGACAGGAGCACGGGCCUCUGCCGGUUUAGCUGGCGGAGCCGCCGCAGGCAGCGGUUAGCAUGCUUGGCUGCGUUUUCCCUUAGACUAGGUUUUGCUUUGAAGACGGCAGGUCCACCUCAGCCGUGCAUCGGGUCCGUUUCGUCCCCCGAGUAAGCCGUGGCGGGGGGG